AUGCCGUUCCUUCAACUCGGGUACAAAAAGAUACACUACACAGACUUGAAGCCUGAGGGAGACGAUGUUCGCGAAACCUUCAUCUUCAUCCACGGCCUGGGCUCUUCGCAAGACUACUACCACGCUGUAGCAUCAGGUUUACAAGCUCACAAAUUCCGAUGCAUCACCUUUGAUACGACUGGUGCGGGGAGGUCUCCAUAUACGCAGAUCGAACAAAGCAUCCAAAGCCUUGCUGACGAUGUCAUCGGGAUUUUGGAUGCGCUGGAGGUGUCGAAAGCUAUAGUGGUAGGCCACUCAAUGGGCGGCAUUGUCGGAGCUCAUCUCGCCGCUGAGAACAACGACCGUGUCGUGGCCGCAGUCCUCAUUGGACCGGUAUACCCAAAUCCUGGCGUUAUUCCCGUCUUCGAGAAGCGCAUUCAAACCGUAGAGAAGGAAGGCAUGGAGCCCAUAGCGAAUACUGUACCGAACGCAGCGGUUGGAAAGCAGGCCUCGCCCCUCGCAAAGAGCUUUAUCCGCGAGUUGCUCCUCGGACAAGAUCCAGCGGGGUAUUGCUCCAAUUGCAGAGUCAUCAUCAACGCGAAGCCCCCUGCUUAUGAGAAGAUUGCUGUCCCAAUACUCAUACUCGCAGGCGAAGAGGACAAAUCGGCACCUUUAGAAGGCUGCCAAAAGAUGUUCAACGAGAUUGGGACUGGCGAAAAGAAGCUGGAGGUAAUGGAGGGGAUCGGUCAUUGGCAUGCGCUCGAAGCGUUCGAGCAAGUGGGGGAGCACAUACUGUCGUUCUACCACGACAUUCAGUGA